AUGUUGGCAUUAGCGCCGCAAGCUCGCCCUCCUGAUGAUGAGGCUAGCAUGGCCCGUAUCCGUCAGUUCAGUCGCGGCACUUGCCAACGGCUCGCUGCUGCAGCGAUUGACAGACUCGCGACCCGGCUCCAGGAUGCCGCCGAGGAGUUGGUCGUCCAAACGCGUUUACCGAAAAUGCCCGUUGAUAGCCACAACUUUUCCCAGCGUUUCCAGAACGCUAUGCGGCAGGGCGCUACGACGUGGUAUGGUGCGGUUGCCAUGACCAUUGCCACCGAGCAGCGGGCAUUUAUGGUGCGCUAUGAAAUGGCGCUUGACACGAUUUUCGCUGGCCAAGGUGCUCCUUAA